UCGAUAGGAGAGAGCUCAGAGAGACGACACUUCCUAAAAAUCCAUUUCACGUUCCAUACGAUAUUCCAGCAAUGCCCCUCUGUGGGCUUGAAGACAGGCAUGGAGCUGAGAUUCCUGCUGCUGCUGCUGCUGCUCUGCCUCUCAGGAUUCCAAGCACAAUUCUUUGACACCAUGGAGAGCAGAGUGGAGGGGCAGAGUCUCGUUGUUGAGUGUCGCUACAGUACACGGUAUUACAGUGGAAUGGAGAAAGCCUGGUGCCAGCAGAGAGGUGAGAAAUGCUCUCCCAUAGUUAACACCUCUUACACAUCAUAUGAAUACCAACCCAAGGUUACCUCUGGAAGAGCCAUGAUAGAGGAUGACACCCGCAAUGGGAUUAUAACCAUCACCAUGGAGAAGCUGCAGGUGCAGGACUCCGGCGUGUACUGGUGUGCGCUCUAUUACCCGCCCAAUACACUGUUUCCACUAAAGACAAUUAAAUUGGACGUUUUCAAGGCUACAUCUACAAGUGAUGUCGGAGUUACCUCAAGCACAGGUCACACCCACCUAAUCACCCCAGCAGACGGCAGCUCCCUCUACUUGAGAUCUACCUUCCUUUGGUUGGGAGUUGGCUUCCUGAUCAACAAGACCCUGUUAGCUGUG